AUGCCAUCUUUUAAAUGUGCUGGCUGCAUUUGUGAUGUGGAGGAGGAUGAGGCAAUGCAUUGCAUGAGUUGCUACGACUAUUACCAUUAUGAUUGUUUAAAUAUACCGAAGAAAACAUUUCGCAGUUUUUCUGUAGCUCACAAAUCUAAAUGGUUUUUAAGCAAUGAGUACGACAGUAUGAGAAAGGAAAUUAAAUCUCAAAAGAGUAAUUUGAUCUCUUUACAAAAAGAAAAUGACUUAUUGCGCACCACAACCCGCGAUAUGGCGCAGCGUCUUAGUAUGAUUAAUCAGCAGUCUCGUGCUAAGAAUAUAGAAAUUAAUUGUGUUCCGGAGCACCGCAAUGAAAAUAUAUUAAGCCUCGUUCAGCAGUUGGGUAAGAUUAUAAAUUGCCCUGUCAAAGUAGAAGACAUUUUUUACUGUUCGCGAGUCGCUAAAAUGAACACUAGUUCCACCCGACCACGAUCAGUGCUGGUUAGUUUCAGCAGUCCUCGUCUGAGAGACACCUUUUUGGCUUCAUCGAUCACAUUUAACCAGAAAAACCCCAAUGAAAAAUUGAAUACCAGUCAUCUCGGUAUAGCUUCUGAGAAGGCGUUGCCUAUCUACGUUGUUGAAAAUCUAACGGCCGAAAAUAAAUCUCUUCACGCUGCAGCACGGAUCAAAGCGAAGGAACUAUCAUAUAAAUAUGUUUGGGUUCGAAAUGGUAGAAUUUUUAUGCGGAAAUCUGAUAAUGCCAAAUAUGUUUUAGUUAAAGAUACUCUUACAUUGCAAAAUUUGUUUUAG